UGGUAGGUGGCAGAAAUAAAUUUGUGUUGCCAAGGUUUGCAUACAAGUUGAUCUUCUUUUUGGUAUGUUCUGUGGUUAUACUUCACGAUCUUAGUUGCUGGUAAUGUAAAUUUUCUAAUAAAAGUGCAAAUAUGGAGUCUAAAAAAUUGAAUCUUAUUGUAUUUGAUUUAGAUUAUACCCUGUGGCCUUUUUGGGUAGAUACCCAUGUAACACCACCUUUCCAAAAAAAUGCCAGUGGUCACAUUGUGGAUAGGAACAAUACAAAGAUAGAAUGUUAUCCGGAAGUUCCAGAAGUUUUAAACGAAUUACAUAACGAGGGUUAUACAUUGGCAGUAGCUUCCAGAACUUCAGAAAUAAAAGGUGCAAAACAACUAAUACAACUUUUUGGAUGGGAUAAAUAUUUUAAGUACUUGGAAAUAUUUCCUGGUCAAAAAACAAAACAUUUCAACAACAUCAAGAGUCAGUCUGGAGUUCAAUAUAACGAAAUGAUAUUUUUUGAUGAUGAAUCGCGUAAUAUUGUUGAUGUUGGUGGUAUAGGAGUUACAUCAAUACUCGUAACAGAUGGUGUUAAUAGAAAAAUUGUAGAAGAAGGAAUAAGACGAUUUGCAAGGAAAAAAUAAUAAUGUACAAGUUACUUUAAUUUGAAUAAAUAUAAUUGUUAUUUUCUUCUUAUUUAUUAAAACAGUUUUUAAACACUAAA